UUUCAGAAUCUCACCAAACUACCAAAAGAAAUGGUUAAAGACUUGCGUUCAAAUUCACUAAAUGCUCUUCAAAUGACUUUACGUCUAACUCUUCUCAUAUUUUCAGUUGCCAUUGUUUGCCUCUAUAUUUCCAUUUUAUAUCUGGAGAAGACCUAUCCGAGAGUCGAUCCACACUACCCGCGAAAACUGGUCUACAUUUGUUUCCCCAAACAAGACAGCUUUGUUGCUACCUACAUGGGUAUCAUACGUACCUUCGAUCUGGUCUUAAGUGUAUUCUUGGCUGUUCAGUGUGUCGUAUUGGGCAUCUCUACAUCUUUCCCAAGACUCCACUGGCCCAUCUCAAUUAUUUGUGCAGUUCGCUUUAUCUUUGUUCUCGUGGAAAUUGUUCACAUUUCGUCUUUUACAGGAGACACUCAACUCGACUUCAUCCUCAGUGUCAGUGAUGGUACAUGCAAAGUGAACGAAAACCAAAUCACUGCAUUCCGGGCAUUAGUUGCAGUGUUCACACUUCGAUGUGUCAAAGGAUAUAUAACAAUUAAUAUGGCAACUCUAGCAUAUGGAAAUAGCAUUCUUAUCUUUCUUUUUGGUUUGAGAGCAGUGCAAACGGAAGCCCAACCGAGGGAAGUCAACGAUGAGCGCCAACUGGAUGAAAUGUCUAGUCAUCACAUCCAUUUAACUGUAUAGUUUCAUUCCUGUCUAGACACUAAAACAUUGUUUUUAUAAAUACUUCAAAUGU